AUGUCUCGUCUCAACUCCCGAGUCCCCUUUCACCAAGCGACUCUUUGUUCCCACGUUAGGGGGAGUUCCCCGGUUCGCCGUGGACAAAAACUCUCUUUUGGCUCUUGUGAGUCUUGUCCUUUCACCCAAACUCGACAACUUACAAGCAGCAUUGCGCGGACAAGGCGCCGCCCCAGAAGCCGCCGGCCGUGGCUCAGCAAUAUCUGCCGCGUACAGUCGUACGUCCGUUACUAUUACGACUUUCUUACUACGGAUACUACGGAUACAACUGCGCGGCCCUUUUUCGUCCUUUUCUGCGCAGUAAUCUUAAUUUUCCUGGGCGCGCAAACACGAUUACACAUUACACCUACAUCAUUGGCGUCGUCGUUCUGCAGAGUCCAACGUACACGUAGCGCAAGCCCACACACAAACCUGCAACUGCAACUCUACCUUGGCUGUACGCGGUAG